AUGAGUAUCAACGGCGAAGAAAUGGUGCUCGGACGUCUGUACACGCUGUCGCCGGACGACAGUGUCCACAUCGAUGGCAACGAUUUUGUAUAUCGGCUGCUUACACAUCUCGGGGAUGAUCCGAGGAACAAAAACAACUACGUCAAGCAACUGCAAAUCGGGAGCGGGGCAGAAGGAGUCGUCUCCAUGGCCAGAUGUACCACGACCGGAUGUAUGGUUGCCAUCAAGAAGGUGCAGAUGCGCCAUGGUUCUUUCGAGAAAUAUGCCAAUGAAAUCCGUCUUUGGGAGGGACUUCAUCAUCGUAAUGUGAACUCCAUGGUCGAUUGGUAUAGAGAUCCCGACAAGCCUGCGCUCCUAUAUAUUGUCUCUCACUUGGCUCCCCAUCAGUCUCUGUACCAUUACAUUGAACGUUUCGGCGGACUUGCGGAGGAACUUGCCAAACCUGUACUAGCUCAAAUUAUUGAUGGUCUUACGUACAUGCAUGCGCAAGGGUUCCUCCAUCGCGACAUCAAACCUGAGAAUAUCCUCGUCUUCCACAUAGAUGAAUCGGGCGUGCUCACCGUUAAGAUAACCGAUUUUGGGACGUGCAUCCCGAUCAACGAGAAUCCCGACGCCAAUGUGGACCGUGCGGGUACUGCCAAUUGGGCUGCGCCUGAGGUGGCAAUAUCGCGGAAUAAUGAGAUCAGCGAGGCUUUCUGUGUAGGAGGCGUCAUGUUUUUCAUUCUGUUUGCCGAACGCCCGUUUCUUGUCAGCGACCAAGCGAACGAUAUGGCCGAGAUGAUCAGGACCAGGCUUUCACAACUCGAUCGCAUAGGACCAGAUGAAGAUGACGAGGAAAUGGAUCAUGAGGAUACGGACCACCACCGCCCUACUCGGGGGGACGCCGACCGCGAAGACGACCCGCUCACCCGCAGCGCUCGACGCUUACUUCACGGGUUACUCAAGGAAAACCCUGCGGAGCGCAUGAACCUGAUUCAAGCACGGCAGUCCUCUUGGUUGCAAGGUUGCGCAGUUCCACAAGCGCGCGUCCAACCUCUGUUCUCUCGCCACCCUCUAGCUCAUAACCUUUUCGCCAUUCUUCAAUGCCACUCCUUGGAUCCGCCACCUAUCCCGAGGCUAUACACACCUGGAGUCCCUGUGGUUCGCGUUCUGCGGCGGCUCCGCACGCCGAUUUCGAACUACCUCCGAGGCUCGACGGAGCCCCUCGCCUCUCCCGGGUCGCCCAUUUCCGACGCCGUGGGUGCUAUAGGUUUUCCUCGAUCGAAUCGCACGCCAGGUUCCACUGGCCUGCUCUCCGCACAUCAUUCGUCAACUACGAUGCCGGUACACGUGAAGACCGAAACAGUUUAUGAUAUCGACUUGGCCACCCCUCCAACAUCUCUCGCGCUCCCAGGUAUUAAUAGAGCGGGACCUGCAACUCCAUGCUCAACUCUACGCGCGACUCCUGCGCUGCCUAUCGGCCAGGAGCACGUCGAGCGUGCUGCGGGUGCCAAGCCAGUGCCAAGCGCGGUCUUGGAACAUGAACCCAUCUCCGCGCCGGACGCCGCUGUGACCGUUGACGGCGUUCGUGAUGCAGCCGAAGAACCAGAAGUUGCGGACGCCGACGCUUUGCCAACUGCAGUUGUCUUGGAGGCUUCUCGCCCUCGACGUACUCGGGCUCGUGCUCGCGCAGAGAAAGGCGCCUCCUUCUCUAUCCCGAAACUACCUGUCAGGCGCUCGUCUCGCAUUCGCGACAGGCGCGCCGGUACGGCUGGUGAGAAGUUCGCCGCAUCUUACGGCGCGCAGGCUGCGUCCGGGGUCAAGGUGGAGGUGACCGGCGAGAAGAGGAAGCUGGGCACGCGGGUAGAGGAGAUCAGCAAGAAACGCAAGACUGAUUGA